CAACAGUCCGCGCAGUGACCGACGCCCUUCCUCACCACCGUUUCCGGGCCCGAGCUGCUCGCCAUGGCGCUUCUCGUCGUUCUUCUCUCGCUGCUCGCGGCGGUCGCUGUCCCGUUCGUGUUCUUCCCCGCGAUUGUGCGCUUCCUGGGCGCGCUGGUGGGCCGCCAUCUGCGCCGCUCGUCGAGCACCCGACGCGAGCUGCUGCUGGCCAGAGUAGCCUCCGAGGCCAGGGCCUACCGAGCCGCCCACCCCGAGGGCGACGACUGGGAGGAGAUUGCAUCCGCUGCAGACACGCCGGACAAGCCAGACACGCCGGACCCGCAGUGGGACGGCAUCGUGGGCUUCUUCCACCCCUUCUGCAAUGCCGGCGGCGGCGGCGAGCGCGUCCUCUGGGCCGCCAUCCGCGCCACCCAGAAGCGCUGGCCCAACGCCGUCUGCGUCGUCUACACGGGCGACCACGACGUCGACAAGGCCGCCAUCCUCAAGCGCGUCGAGGACCGCUUCAACAUCCACCUGCACCCGCCGACCAUCCACUUCCUGUACCUCACCACCCGCCACUGGGUCCUCGCCACCACCUGGCCGCGCUUCACACUGCUGGGCCAGUCGCUGGGCUCGCUGGUGCUGGCCUACGACGCCUUCUCGCUGCUGGUCCCCGACAUCUUCGUCGACACCAUGGGCUACGCCUUCGCCCUCGCCCUGUCGUCGUGCUUCUUCCCGGCCGUCCCCACCGGCGCCUACGUCCACUACCCCACCAUCUCCACCGACAUGCUCGACUCGCUGCAGACGGGCGGCCAGGGCGUCAACGCCGGCGCCGGCACAGGCUACCGCGGCGCCGCCAAGCAGAAGUACUGGCAGCUCUUCGCCCAGCUCUACAGCCGCGUCGGCAGCACCAUCGACGUCGUCAUGACAAACUCCACCUGGACCCAGGCCCACGUCAGCUCGCUCUGGGGGCCCUCGCGCCGCCGCACCACCUCCCCCCACCCCGACAUCGAUGUCGUCUUCCCCCCCGUCGCCGUCGAGGAAGUCACCUCCGCCAUCCCGCUCACCCCCGCCUCGCCCCCGCGCGACCCAACACUCCUCUACAUCGCCCAAUUCCGCCCCGAGAAAAACCACGCCCUGAUCCUGCGCGCCUUCGCCCUGUUCCUGCGCUCCGCCCCCGCCUUCCCCGCCUAUCCGGGCGGCAAACCGCACCUCGUCCUCAUCGGCUCCGUGCGCGACUCGCUCGACGAGAAGAGCGUCUACGCCCUGCGCCUGCUCGCCCACGAGCUGCACAUCAAAGACCGCGUGACCUUUCUGUGCGACGCGCCCUGGCCCGCCAUGCUGCGCUGGAUGGGCCGCGCCAGCGUCGGCGUCAACGGCAUGUGGAACGAGCACUUCGGCAUCGGCGUCGUCGAGUAUCAGGCCGCGGGGCUGAUCUCGGUCGUCAACGACUCGGGCGGCCCGAAGAUCGAUAUCGCGGUUGAGGUCGACGGGGGCGCUACUGGCUUCCACGCGACAACCGUCGAAGACUACGCCGACGGCUUCUCAAAGGCGCUAUCGCUCAGCCCGCAGGAUACCCUGGCCAUGCGGCUCCGCGCGCGCAAGUCCGCGGGGCGCUUUACCGACGCCGCGUUUGCCGAGAAGUGGUUGCGGAAUAUGGACAAGUUGGUGAGGCUGCAGGUGCAACGUGCGAGCAAGUGAGAUGUCUGGAGCGUGCGAGGAAGUACGUAUUGAGGGGGGAGACUGAAAAAAGGCUGGAGUUGUGGGCGUUAUUGUUAGACUUUACUUGAUACCAUUGGCAUUGGGCGGAGUGGGAAUUGUAUUUGUAUUUGUAUCGUUUGUUGGGGCUGGGUCGCGUUGUGCUUGCGUGAGAUCGUGAUGAUGUGAUCAAGAGUGUGUAUGCACGCAUAAAUGUGACAGCAGACAGCAGGGAGAAGUCAGUGAGUAGCACGAAGCAUGGCCAAAGGGUAGAGCAACCACAAAGUCCGUCUUCAAAUCGCGGAGCACAUUCACGAGUACAGAAGAAGCAGCAUAG